UGGCGCCCGCCGUGCCUGUUCCUCGUGGGCGCGUGGACUGGCGCUGCGCUGGCUGACAGCGGCGGGGCAGGGCCAGGCUCCCUUCCUCCCGCGAGCUUCCUUCCCCGCCCCUUCCUUGCUCGAGGGGCGGGCGGCCCGAUCGGAAAACCCCCUAUGCAGCCGCCGGGCCAGAAUUGACGCUCCGCUGCCGGAGUCGCGGCUGCCUUUCGCCAUGAGCUGCCUGGAUGUGAUGUACCAAGUCUAUGGUCCUCCCCAGCCGUACUUCGCAGCCGCCUAUAGCCCUUACCACCAGAAACUAGCCUUUUACUCGAAGAUGCAGGAAGCCGCGGAGAGUGCCAGCACAAGCGGCAGCAGUGCCAGCAGCUCCUUCUCCAGCCACACUGCCCCUGCCAGCAUCAAAGAGGAAGAGUGCAGCCCGGAGAAAGAGCGCCCCCCGGAGGCCGAAGUCAUCAAUUCCAGAUGCGUCUUGUUCACCUAUUUCCAAGGGGACAUCAGUGCUGUGGUGGACGAGCACUUCAGCCGAGCCCUCAGCCAGCCCAGCAGCUACUCGCCCAGCAGCUCCAGCACAAAGGCUGCCAUGAGGAGCUCCAGCUCUUGGAGGGGAGAUGGAUGUGGGCCUAUGAUAAUCUAUCAAGACAGUGGAACACUGGCGUCUAAGAACUAUCCGGGAACCUACCCCAACUACACUACCUGUGAGAGGAGAAUUCAGGUGCCUCAGGGGAAACGUCUGAUCUUGAAAAUUGGAGACUUGGAUAUUGAAUCCCAACAAUGUGAAUCUAACUAUCUUAGCAUCCACAGUUCUACAACAGUGCAUGGACCCUACUGUGGGAAUGUGCCUGUCCCAGAAGAAAUCAUCUUAGAUUCUAAUGAAGCAACCAUUCACUUUGAGAGCAGGUCCCAUGUGUCUGGAAGAGGCUUCCUGUUGUCCUUUGCUAGUAGUGAUCAUCCAGAUCUAAUCACAUGUCUGGAGAGAGCAAACCACCACGUGGAGAAUGAAUUCAGCAGGUACUGUCCAGCUGGUUGCAGAGACAUAGCAGGUGAUAUUUCUGGGAAUAUAGUGGAAGGCUACAGAGAUACUUCCUUAUUGUGCAAAUCUGCCAUACACGCUGGAGUAAUUGCAGACGAACUGGGUGGUCAGAUUAGUGUGAUUAAACUGAAAGGAACAAGCCGGUAUCAAGGAAUCCUAGCCAAUGGCAUCCUUUCUCAGGAUGGCUCUCUGUCAGAUAAGCGGAUUAUUUUUAACUCAAAUGGUUGCAAUCAAUCACUGAACCUAGAAGGACGAAAUGCAUCCGAUGGUCAGAUCACGGCGUCAUCAUUCUGGGAUGAAACCAAUGACAUUGGGGAGGUGGUUCCAUGGUCUCCUGUUAGGGCGUGGCUCAAAGUCCAAGGGCCUUCCUGGGCAGCAAACCAGAGCAACUCUCGGCAGUGGCUAGAAAUUGACCUGGGAGAAAGGAGAAGAAUAACAGGAAUUAGAACCACAGGGUCCACAAUGCUCAAUUUUAACUAUUACGUUAAGACGUUUAUUGUCAACUAUAAAAAUAACAACUCAAAAUGGAGGACUUACAAAGGAAUCCUAAGCAAUCAAGAAAAGGUAUUCAAAGCCAACUCUAAUCAUGGAGAUAUAGUCCGGAAUAAUUUCAUUCCCCCCAUAGUAGCCCGCUACGUGAGAAUUAUUCCACAGAGCUGGAACAAAAGAAUAGCCCUGAAGGUGGAACUUAUUGGUUGUCGCAUAAACCAAGUUAACAGCUCCCUUACGCAUCCGCUCUGGCAGAGACCAAGUCAAAGCACAGGUGUCUCGGUUAGAAAAGAAGACAGAACCAUCACAGAGCCCAUACCCUCAGAAGAAGGCAGCUUAGGACUGAAUCUUACUACCAUAAUCGUUCCAGUAGUAGUGGUGCUUUUGCUGUUCCUGAUAUCUGGAAUUGGUAUCUAUGCUGUUGUACGAAAGAGAGGAAAGAAAGGAGGUGCUUAUGGCUCAUACGACACCGGGAAACCAGGUUUCUGGAAACAAAUCAAGCAACCCUUUGUCAGACAUCAGUCUACUGAAUUCACCAUCAGUUAUAAUAAUGAAAAGGAUACGCCACAAAAGCUAGAUCUCGUCACAAGAGAGAUGGCAGAUUAUCAACAGCCUCUCAUGAUAGGAACUGGGACAGUAACCCGAAAGGGAUCCACUUUCAGACCCAUGGACACAGAGAAUGAGAAAAAAGGUAGCGCCGAGACUGGGAACCAUUACCACUGCCCACAGAGAGCAAAUCGGCACGAUUAUGCACUGCCUUUGACCAACCACGAGCCUGAAUACGCCACUCCUAUUAUAGAGCGACACGUAGGAAGAGAAAACACUUUUCCUUCAGAGAGCUGCUAUAACAUUCCUACUGCUUCUGCUGCGCAUAAAUGUUCCCUUUCCACAGGCACUUUUGCUGCCUUGUGCCAGACUGAAACGGGGAGUGAAGAUUAUCAAACACCGCAAAGUCAGAAGGAUUAUGACAAGCCAAAAAUGAAAGCCUUGCCCACACUUGACUACAAUACUGGCUAUCAGAAGCCCCAAACCAGUUUAUUGACAGAUGAGGGCUAUUCGACACCCAGAUACUGCCUAAAACCGGUAAAUCAGACUGCAAUGACAGCUCUUCUGUAACCUUAAGGACCAGCGGAAACUCACUGCCAUAAUGUUUAAAGCACUGGAUUAGAUUUAGAGCAAAACAAAAUUUGCUCUUGGCUGAGGAGUGAAAGCUGUUCGUUGCUGCCUUUGCGGUAGAGUCUUCAGGCAGUCGAUUCUCUGCAGCUGCAAUAUUGGUGCUCCACUCUAACAUUGUGCAAUGUGUACAUACAUUUUUAAUUUAAUAAAAAUAACUUAAACUUUAA